UGGUCUUAGAGACAGCAUCACACAGCAUCCGAACGUCGAAGCGAGAACAUCUCAGCACGCACAUUCAACGCACACACAUUCUACGCACACAGAAAAUUAUCUACGAAAACCAUCUCAAAUGUCGGCCAUCAGCAAGCAGAAGAACUUCAACACCAUGUACAAGUCGAAAGUGUCACCAUCUCGUCGCCUGAAGAAUCUUCUGAAGCCGCUUCUUGGCCAUGUCUUCAACCUGAAGAAGGAGCAGCCCAAGAGGAGCUCCUACAUCGCUUCGGAGGAAAAGGAGGCCGAGUUCGAGUGGCUGAACAACGAUAUGGACAACAUGGCCAACGAGCAUCUCGAAAAUCGCCUCAUUGAGGAAAUUCGCCAGUGCGCCAAGGAAGAUGCAGUCAUUGUUUACAAUGAAAAUGGCUCUGGAGAACUGCAGACCAUCGAUCAGGAGGACUACUACGUUCCGGUGCACUUUGCCCGGACAAAUGCCGGCACUUUCUUCUGGACCUCGAUUCAACCGCAAUCCUGCGAACCCUACGCCAUCGAGUGGAACUUCCUGGAUCGCUGGGCUCAAGCUUGAACUAAUCGCCAGGAGCUGGGACUUCGACCUUGAUCAACCAUGGGGUUUCUUCAACGUUCGAUUGGGAUAACUUCAACUGGACUGGAGCUUGGCUCUCCAGCGGGAUGGGUACUCCAGAGUUUGGGCACUUCGACUUUGGGUUCAUCGGACUUGGGCAGCGCUUUUGGGAUUCCCUGACUCAUCGGGAAUCCCCAAAAAGCGGUUGGGUAACCACAUAUGUAUCUACAAUUGUGGCGGGAGGUAUUCCAACAAUUAUCCUAUUUUUGCUGUGCAAAAAUGGGUUUCAAUUGUUUGGGUUUUCAAAAUGCAUUUGUAAACAAAAACUAAAAUAAACACUGAAAACAUA